AGGAUCGUAUUAGCAUGAUUCGGCUGCCGGGAGGAGGUGGCCUUCUCAGCUACUGCAAGGAGGGUUCGGUUUACGUGCACACCUUCAACACAGAAAGCGGCUUGAUUCGAAAGGUGGAUGCGCUCGGACUCACCAACUGGCGUUGCAUUCUGGAUCCAGAACCAGCUGGGUCCUGUGCAGAGGCCUGCAGUGCCUGCGUAGCAGUGUUACCCUUUCUGCUGGAUGCGGAAAAGCAUUGGCGUCAUCUUUUUUCAGACUUGGUUGAGAAGGCAAUGGAGCCUCUCCACUUCGCUGCCGCUGCAAUGCACCAGGGCGACGAUGUUUGAAGCACUAUGGCGAUCUUUGAAGCGCGAGGUGGCUCACGCUUUGCAACACCAACGCUGGAGAUGCAUGGAGAAAGAAA